UCCACAUUCUACCCUGCCCCUAUGCCAUUCAUGUCCCUCAUUCUGCCCUGAUCCUAUCCUCUCCUCAUGCCCUCUUCCCAUGUCAUCACAUCCCAUUCCCAUCCCACUCUGUCCCCACUCCAUCCAAUUCUGAUCCCAUCCUCUUCCCAUCCCUUUCCACUCCUAUCCCAUGUUGUUCCAAUCCCAUCCUCCCCAGCACAUCCCAUCCCCAACCCCAUCCUGAUGCUAUCCUGCCCAUCCGUGUGUCAUCCUGCCCUGCCUCACACACCACUGUCCUCACCCCACGCUUGUCCCUACCUUACUCCAUCCUGCUUUCCCAUCCUGAUCCCAUCCUACUCUGAUCCCCUGCCCUCAUCCCCCAGCUCGCUGCCCUAGAGGGGGAUCCCCCCAGCUCCCUGCACCCCGGGAGGGGCAGACCCAGCACCUGCCGCCCAGCACCCGACCCUCCAGCUGCAGCUGGGGCGGGUGCCUCAUCCCGCCCACCUGUGGGCAUUUAAGAGCCGGGGGAGGCUGGGAGAGGCCCUGCUGGGCAAGGAUGGCUACUGGGGGGCAGGUGAGUGCUCUUCCUGGUGGCAAAGCCCGGGCAGCCCUCCCAUCCUCUCGGGGCUCCUGGCUGUGGGGUCUGUGUCGUGGGGUGGAGGUGGCUGGGUGGCACAGGCUCCCUGCUGGAGUGGCUGUGGGGCUUCUGGGGAUGUCCCUUCUUCCCCAGUGGAGGCAAGAGGAGCGGCGAAGGAGGCGGCGGAGGCCUCAGCAGCAAGAGCUGCCCCUGGCAGAAAGCUGGGUCAAAUACCCUCUGCAGAACAGGUGGGCACUGUGGUUCUUCAAGAAUGAAAAGAAUAGGAUGUGGCAGGCAAACCUGCGCCUCGUCACCAAGUUCAGCACUGUAGAGGACUUCUGGGCGCUGUAUGACCACAUCAAGCCUGCCAGCAAGCUGUCGUGUGGCUGUGACUAUUCCCUCUUCAAGGACGGCAUAGAGCCCAUGUGGGAGGACAGCCAGAACAUGCGUGGUGGGCGCUGGCUCAUCACCCUGGCCAAGCAGCAGCGACACACCAAGCUGGACUGUUUCUGGCUGGACACGCUGCUGUGCCUCAUUGGGGAGAUGUUUGAUGACUACAGCAAUGAGGUGUGUGGGGCAGUCAUCAACAUUCGUGCCAAGGGGGACAAGAUUGCUAUCUGGACCCGGGAAGCGGAGCACCAGGAGGCAGUCACCCACAUUGGGCGUGUGUACAAGGAGCACCUGGGCCUCUCGCAGGAGGUCACCAUUGGGUACCAGGCCCAUGCAGACACGGCCACCAAGAGCAGCUCACUCACCAAGACCAAAUUUGUGGUGUGACUGUGGGGGGAGUGGGGUGCUGCCCGUGGGGCCCUCUAUUCUCUUCCACAAUGAAUGGUUGCA